AUGUCUUCUAAGCCUGUUGCCAUAAUCACCGGUGGUUGCUCCGGAAUGGGAGAGGCCUUCGCCAGAGACCUUGUCGGUCAAGGAUGGCAGGUCGCUUUGUUCGACCUCAAAAACAACUUGGAUCUCGUCAAGGACCUCGGAGACUUGGCUACCUUCCACAAGUGCAAUGUUGCGAGCUAUGAGGAUCAGUCACGGGGCUUCCAAGAUGUCUGGAAAUCACACGGUAGACUGGACCUAAACUACAGUUCCCUCUAUGUGUUUGAUUACCGUAAUUCAGACACAGUACCACCGGAGCCAGAUCUAUCCUGCACUGACGUAAACGUCAAAGGCGUCUACUUCAGCUCUCAACUUGCGAUCUACUUCAUGAGAAAGAAUAAGAUUCCAGGUGGAAACAUUGUCAUCACUGCCAGCGCGUCGAGCCUCUAUCCUCACCAGAGCUACCCAGAGUAUAGCGGUAGCAAAGCUGCCGUUCACAACUUUGUCCGGGCGGCAGGAAGAGUUCUUAAACUGAAGGACAACAUUCGCAUCAAUUGUAUUCGGCCAGGCUUUGUCGCCACACCUCUCGCCCCUGCUGCCAUGAUUGCUGCUGCCCGACCAGAAAAUAUGACUCCGAUUGGCACCAUUGUGAAGGCGCUAAAUCAAUUCCUGAAUGACGAAACUCUUUAUGGUAAAGCUUUGGAAUGCUCUGCCGAGAAAAUAAUCAUCACUCCGGAACCUGAGUUCCUUAAUGGCGAGGCUUCUGAGCGGGCCAGCUUCUUGUGGGAACCUGGGUUCCAGCACCUUCAUCAUGAGCCUUCAAAUCUACCUGAGUCGACUCCCUAA